UAAUUUCUGGCUUGCAAAAAUGCAAAUCAAAAACACCGAAAACUGUGAUCUAUGUGAAGUUGGAGACACAACAGAACAUGUCUUAUUAAAAUGUAUAAAAUACAGUCACAUAAGAAAUUACUUUGAUUGGGAACAAUUUGGAAGUAUACAAGAAAUUGUUGGCGACUUACAAGAAGAAAAACUGAAACAAAUACUAAAAUUUGUCAGAAUGACAAGAUUAGAAUUGUAACAAUAGUAACGGCACAUCGUUACACUACGAGCAGAUGGCAGAUAUAAGAUUUAACGGAUUUAACUCUUGAGCCAUAAACGUCAUACCUGAAAAAAAAAGAUUAAUGUUUUGAUAAUAAUAUCGGUUAGCAAAAUAACAACUGUGUUAGCAAUGGUUUUGUUUGAACGUAAAUAUUAUUGAACAGGUGUAGAAUUAACCGCAUUAAAAUCAAUAAACGAAUAUAGUUAACUCGGACUCAUUCGCAUGAGCAUUUUACUGGAGUGAAUGCAAAAAAAUAUUUAUGGCGAUUCCAAACGGCAUUAAACUUGACCAAAGUCUUAUUAAGUCGGAAGUAGCUGAACUCGAAGAGCUUAACGAUGAGAAGAAGGCGGUUGCAAACUUGCAGGCACAACCUGUUCGCUUCGAGUGCAACAUUUGCGGCAAGCAAGUGCGCAAACUGCAACGGCACAAACGCAUCCAUUGGGAUCACCGGCGCUACAAGUGUGACAUGUGCGGCAAAGAAGUUAAAAAUCUAUAUCGUCACAAGCUAAAUCACCUAGAAAUUGAGCGUCCAUUUCAGUGCGAUUUCUGUGGUAAGAAAUUUACUAAGAAAAGUCAUGUGGAUCGCCACCGGGAAAUUCACACCGGAAAUAGACCAUGCAAAUGUGGCAUGUGUGGUGCGGCGUUCAUCACGAACAGUGACCUGGCACAACACGAGCGCAUUCACACCCGAGAACGGGCUCAUCCGUGUGAUAUAUGUGGAAGAGAUUUCAUCCGGAUCAGUGACCUGCGGCAUCACAGACGAAUUCAUACAGGCGAGCGACCGUACAGUUGUCCAGUUUGUGGGGAAGACUUCUACCGAAACAGUCACCUGAAACGUCACCAGAAGAAGCAUGAGCUGCUGGUGGCACCAGUGAAACGCGGUCGAAAGAAAAAGGAUAUGUCAGAAUACAUGUCCAAAAAUCCCGAACAAUUAUUUAUUUUGAAAAACCAAACGAACUCCGACACUUUUGGUUUAGUACAAGAAGGCAUGUAAAUAAAUAGAUCGGGUAGUUAAGAUUUUUAGCCAAAUAGUGGCUAUUAAAAGUUUCACUCUCAGCGAGAUGAUCCACCACAGCCACAGACAUUAUUUUGUUUAAACUCAUUGCCAACACAAAGUUAGUGUGGUUGGCAUGUGGUCUACGCGUGUUGAAAAUCUAGAUGACUUCAAAAUAGCUGAAACAUGUCCCGACUACUACAAGUACGUGUCAACUGGAAUAGGAAAAACUUUAAAGUAGCGUAUGAUUUGAUUAAGCGAAAGAUUUGUGUCACCACCCUAGAAUAUCUAGACGUUUUUUUUUUUUGUCACUAGCUCAAUAAUAUACGAAGAACAAAGAUAGAACAUCAAAAAAUAGAUUUGAAUUUGUCAAGUGAAAAUAUUCCAGAUGCACCUACAUGUUCAUCUGCAAUAAGCCAAAAUCGGAUUCACAGAAAACCAUCGAAGGCAAAUUUUCGAGUUCGAACUGAAACAAAGCCGAUUGCCGAGAGUGCACAGUGCACAUAAUAAAACGAAAGCUUUAAGUUUAUUUUGUCUAUUUCGUGUCCGUCGAAAAAAAUUUAAAACUUCAUUUCUUGUGUACUCGCAUAAUAUGUUGCUCGAGAUUUAAAUACGUAAAAUACAUCUUGCAACAGAUCUCA